AUGGGGCAAGAUCAUAGGCUGCAUCAUGUGAAGCAUCUAGUCAUUGUUUGCUGCCAUGCUAUUUAUGCUGGAGGACCAAACCAUGGACUAUCCGAAGACGAAUGGUUCAUUGAGCCUUUUCAGAAGGGAGAGACACCCACUUUCAUCAGUCAUGCUAAGGCUGGGCUGAAAGCCUUGUCUGAUGAUCCUCAUGCACUGCUUGUUUUCUCUGGGGGGCCAACUAAGAAGCCAAGGACAUAUCUCAGCGAGGGACAAUCAUACCUUAAACUCUGCGAAGAGAACAACUAUUUCCAAGAUCCGGCAAGUGUCUCUGAGAUUGACAGGUCCAGAAUUAUUACAGAGGAUCUUGCUACGGAUUCCUACCAAAAUGUGCUUUUUUCAAUGUUGCGUUUCCGGUUACACGUAGGGAUCUACCCACAACGCGUUACUGUCGUGACCCAUGAGUUCAAGAGAGCUCGGUUUAUGGAGUGUCAUUUCCCUGCUGUGGGAUUACUACCUCAGGUUCAUUGCACAGAUGCAGGAGUUGGCCAAGUUUCUGUGAUUGGUAUCAAUCCACCAGAGGAAGUCACUCCCUUGGAAUCCUUGAUUCGUGGUGAAUCAGGCAAAGGGAUUGGGCUCUGGAGACAAGAUCUUUAUGGAGUUGGAGAGGACUUGGCUGGCAAACGCAACAAUAGAGGCUGGCAGCCAGGAAUGGAGCGCGGAAUCUUCUUACAUACGGGUCUUGAAGAUGUCGUCGAGAAAUUGGUCUGCUGGGAUGGCGGGACGGGCAACCAAUGGUUCACAAGGACGGAGGAACUGCCCUGGUACUAUGGCAGUCUAGCAUAA